UUUAUCCUAAUUGGGUUUCACUAUUCAUUAGUGAAUGGAUUUCCUGCGGACAGGUUUAAGUUAUUUCCCAACUCUUUACCGUGAUUUUUUGUUGGGUUGGCAAGUGAUGGUUUCAAGUUUCAACCCCUUUCGAACUGGCCACCAAUAAUUGCCAUCCACGAAAGUCCACUGUCAUCCCCAUUUCAAUAUUUGUUUUCAUAGAGUUUUUUCUCUCGAGCUGCGAGAGUUUCGGAUAGGGUUUUCUUGGCGGCGGCACCUCGUACCGUUGGUUCUCUAGCGUUUCUUAGGCUGCUUCUGAGCUAAUCAUUGUGUUUCUCUUCAGUUUCUUUCCCUAUCACGCUUGGAAACGGAGUCCUUGGUGAUUUCCUUGUCAUUCUAGGUUUAGGGUCUAGUUUCAAGGUCCAUUCUAGAGAGUCUAUGUAUAGGGCUGUUGGGGUGAGCGUUUCUUUUUGGAAGUGGUGAGAGCUCCUGCACUAGCUAGUUUGUUACAUAAUUGAGAAAGAGUUUUUGUUUUUACAAGGUUUUUUCUUGUAAGUUGUAUCAACAGCGAUGGAACAGGAGUCGGCGAAGACGGAUGUAAGUCUAGUUGAAGAACAAGGCAACCCAAACUCUAACGUAUAAUCCACAGAAAUGGGGAAAGGGGAGUCUGAUAAACUUGUUGGCGAAUUCAAGAGGGUUACCCUGGCAGAUGAUGAAGAUGCAGUGCUGGUAGUGGAUACGUAAGACAUGAUGGAAGGGAUCUGUGAGGCAGUUCUGAGGUUGGGGCUUUUGGCACGUUUAGUGGCCAGCAAAAAUCCUAGUGUCAGGGCUCUUCAAGGCGUGCUGGAGAAAGUCUGGCAUACUAUCAAACCUUUUGAGAUACGGGACAUUGGGGGUCAACUUUUUUCCUUCCAAUUUGCCCACAGUGAUGACAGGAACAAAGCUCUGCACGGUGGUGCCUGGCAUUACGACAACAACCUGUUGAUCUUUGAGCAAACAAACUUAAAUAAAAAGCCAGUGGCGGAAACAAUGAAAGAGAUGGAAGUUUGGAUCCAGAUUUCGUUCAUACCUGCUGAGAUGAAGUCAAGGAAGAUGGCUGAGAAAGUGGCACCGCGCUUUGGCCGUUUUCUGUUGUUCGAUGAAAAGCACUCUGACCCUUGGAGUGACAUAAUGCGGAUCAGGGUGGCCAAGGAUAUCACGACUACUUUGAGGGAUGAUCUUAACCUGUGCAUAAGAGGAGAAAUAAGAAGUUUUGAAGUUAAAUAUGAACGAAUGCCCAUGUUUUGUUAUAAAUGUGGUAGGAUUGGACACCCCAAGCUAUACUGUCCUGAGAAGACUGAGGAUUUUAAGGACCGUUAUGGUCCUUGGCUGAGGGCGAGUCCUCAUCCAUCAAAGCCGAGGAUUAACAAAGUGGAACAGGAGAAAAGCGAGAUGAUAUGGAAAUCUAUAAAGGAACAAUACUAUCGAGGUGAGUUUAAGCACUUGGUGACUAAAGGUGGGAGCAAUAUUGAAACAACAGAGGUAGAGCAUAAUGAUCAUGUGGAAGAAACUCCAGAUGGAAUGGAAGUCUUAACGGAAUCACGUGAACCUGGGGGUGAAGUAGAUAUGAGGAUGUUUGAAAAGAAAGCUCACGAGGAAGAAAUGGAGGAGCAAGCACGAGAGAAGACAUUGGUUGUUAUAUUGGAGAAGAAUGUGACUUUUAGUAUUGGGUCAGGGGAUGUGGGUAAGAUCAAUGUGGAGAGAAAAGGGAGGUUGACUAGGCUCUCACAAGCUAGGCGCAAUUCAACCAAAGAAAGUGUGGAGAAAGUCACCCCCAAAAGCGACUGGCUGAGGAGAAGCAAAUGGAGGUAGAGGUUCGUGAGGGUGUAAAGCGAGCUCUGGUAGCAAAGGAAAGUAGCUCGAGUCCAUGUGAGAAGGACCACUGUGGACGAGCAUUGGAAAAACUAGGAGAGCAACAAACACAAUCUAAUAUGGUUGGUGAUAUGGCAGACUCUGACAGGACCAAAGCCGCCCAGCCCAAUCAAUAUCUUGUGCUAUAAUUGCCGGGGUUUGGGGAAUCUCCUGGCAAUUAGGAAGGUGGGGCAGUUGCUUCGACGUCAAAACCCUGAUAUUGUCUUCUUAAUGGAUACAAAAAAAAAAACAGAGUCACGAAUGGGAAGAAACUAUGAAAGAGCUG